CAGCUCGGGUACCUGAACCGCCGAUGGAAACGAGCACCUAAGUGGCACACCGAGAACCAGUACCCAACUGACCACCAGUCCGUUGUCUUCGAAUACCGCGCGUUUGUUCUAAACCGAUACGGCGAUCCGCUUGGUAAUCCAACGAUUACCGGGUACGGACUGUGAUCGGAUUUGUGUUGUGGUUUUUGCAUGUUGCGCCCGGCAGAUGUUUCGAUGAUUUCGAUUUGAGUGUGCUAUGUUAAUAAAUAACAUUGGAUUACCGCAACUAAACUGAUUUCCAUAUGAAGAAGCCGGAAAUAGCUAAUCCGUGCACAAUGGCCGAAACAGCAGCCGUACCACCGUUACCUCCGAAAACCAAGCAACGCUCCCCACUAUCAGCAACGGUACCGGCGACAGACGCGGUACCGCAAACCUUGGACGUGUACCACUACAGAAUCCAAGAGGUGCCCGACGAGAAUGUCGUCAAGAUCCACAUCAAUCCGAUCGUCAGCAACAAAGACAAACGGAAGAGCACCACAUUGAUAAACCAGGAACGUAGCGUGAUCAACUUCGAGGAGUGCUCGAGCCCGAACUCCCUCGAAGAGGAUGAGGACACGAAAAACGGUAGUGUAGUGUGCGAACCGGCCUGCAUUCGUAUCAGUGUUAACUCGGAGACGGAAAUGGUGCAUGGACUGAACAUGGAGACGCAGAACAGCCCCUAUUUCUUCUACAAUUGCGGCAUGAUGUCGAGCGGUCAGAUAUCGCCGAGCGACACGCUCGAUUCGGGCACGUGCAGCGACCUGGACGGCACGCCGCCGCCGCUGCCCAAGAAGAAGGGCAGCACGGGGGUGUCGGUGACCCUGAUCGGGGGCGGGCACAGUGCGCCCAGCUCCAGCUCGGGCGCGGAGGUCGACAGCGACGGCGAGAGCAACAUCAGCUGCGACUCCUUGACCAGCGGGAAGAUGUCGCCGGUUGAAAACCAUUUGUUAGGCAGCGGCAAGUCGUCGUUCCUGCCCCAAACCCUCUUGCAGGACAUCCGACAGCGUAACGUCAAACUGACCACCCCCGAGCCCCAAAUCAAAUCGUCUACGCCGGUAAUCGACGAAAAAUCGUACGAGGAACGUAUCGAAGAGGAGAAAACAAUGACGAAAAACAACAAAAACAAGCAGCUCCAAUUCGACGCCGACAUGUUCUACAACUUCCACAUCAACGAACAUCAAACGGACGCGGACAAUAGUGAUAAUGUAAAGUGUGUGGUGGAGGACGAGACAUUCGCCGGUUACAAGGAUUUACUUGGUGACGGGGCGGCCACCAUCCGCAGUGCCAAAGGGACUGUGCGCGGGGUGAAAAAUCGUGUACGGGCCGGCAUCGCCACCUUCCUCCAAAUCAACUCCACAUCCAAGAAUUACAAAGAGAAAGAGGCGGGAAAGGUGGUAGUUUACACAACGACAAUGGGCAUCCUAAGGGACACUUACCAGGCGUGCAUGAAAGUCAAGCAGAUCCUGAGGACACUUCUGGUCAAAUUUGAGGAAAGGGACGUUUUUAUGAGCAGCGAGUACCAAUCCGAAAUUCAGGAGAGGAUGCACUGCGAACAUAUUCUUGUCCCGCAGGUUUUUGUCGAUGGACAACAUGUUGGUGACGCUGAAACAAUAGAACGUCUAAACGAGAGCGGGGAAUUGAGAAGAAUAAUGAAACCUUUUAAGAGCAUCGACGCGUGUAGUACCUGCAAAUCCUGCGGCGGAUACAGACUCCUGCCCUGCCAGGUAUGCAACGGCAGCAAAAAAUCGGUCCACAGGAACCACUUUACGGCCGAAUUUGUGGCCCUAAAAUGUAUGAACUGCGACGAGGUCGGACUGGUUCGGUGUCCGUCUUGUUAAUACGCGGAAACUGGAGAAGAAAACGCACGACGAUAACUGAAUGUAAAUAAAUGAAGAUUGAAUGGAGGGAACCAUCGGAUUCUUAUAAUUUCAGAGGGACGUACUACAACGAAUCUACUUUACACAUCACGUAAUUAAUGUUAUUAUUGCACACUUCAAAUCGAAAAAUUGAUCUUGUUUAUGAUCUUAGUCGAUAUUUUCCAGCUCAAUGUAAAGGAAUUAGUUCUUUGUACAUAUUUGUAUUCUAGUUUAUGACUUUUGAGUGAUAGUAAUUGUAAUUAUUAUUUUACGAAUAUGAAUAAAGUCCAUUGAACGCAAACAAAAAAUAUGAUCUACUUUAAUUUAAACAAAAAAAAAAACACGAAUAUUUAUUCCUACAAUAAUGUAACUAAUGUUUCAGAUUUUUGGAUGAAUUUUAGAUUAAGUCUACAAUUAAUUUGUACAUUAUUUACAUUCAUGUGUUUGUGCUUGAUUUGCAUAAUUAUUUUAAAUCAAUGUUUUACAGUAGAAUUUAAAGUUAAUUGUAUUAUUAUUAUUUAUGAUUAAAUGACUGUAAAAUUAAAGUUUAAAAUAUAUAUGUUAGUAUAGCUUUUGAUGUAAUAAUAUUAGGAUAAAUAAAUAUACU